AAAUUGUUCUGCUUAUAAAUUUAUUGUGUGCCACAUGAAGUACAUUUUGAUAUUCAACUCAAAAUCAAAAAUAUAGAAGCUCUUAAGCUUAAUUUUGUUGUGGCAACCAAACCAAAUAGAUGCUUACAGUACAUUAAUGGUUUUCACUGGGUCCUUUAAAAACAAACAGGGUAAUAAUGUUGGUGUCACUUUUUCCACAGUCACACAGACCAGCCGCCCAGACAGGCCUCAGACCAGUCAUGAUGAUGCCGGUAUGGCAGGUUCUGCUUCUGGAAGCCGACCUCGUGUAAGGCGGCCAUCACAGGUCUCGGGCCACUUACCCAGGAGGCCAACUAAGAACCGGCGUCUUGGCUCUGAUUCAGCACCUCCAUCAUCCCCACCCAGGCGAAGGAUAUCGGCAGUGUCACCCCAGCCACCACUGGCACUACUGGCGAGUUCGCAGAGUGAUGAGCCCAGAUCACCUCAGUUAUCUGAGCACAACUUGAUGUCCGCCGACGACCAGCAGGGACCAGAACAACAGCCAUCAUUCACACUGCAACUUACAGCUGUUGAUCCAAGCAUUCCAAUCCAGUUGCAGAAUAUACCCCAACCAUCCAGCAGUCCCCAACUGGCACAAGCUCCGCCCCCAAGCCAAAUUCCUGAUGAUUUUUUUGCAAGUUGGACAAGCCAACAGGCCCAAAGCAAGGCAACCCUCACACAACAUACACAACACCUUGCCAGUCUGCCCCAUCAUCUACCGCGUCUUAGUCGCAACUCGGGCAGACUAAUAGUACAAGUAGGGAGAAUGGCUACCUCAAUGGAGCAAAUUAGGGCGGAAAACAGGCACAUGAAUGGCAAUUUAUCACGCAUUAUAGAUGAACAACAGCGACAUCAGCAGGCACUCGUGCAGAUAAUACAACACAAUCAAGUGGUGAAUGAGGCCUUAUCCAGGAUAGUAGCCAGCCACACUGCUACAAACACUCAGCUGAUUGCCAGUUUAAAUAAUCUGAGCAGCAAUAUUGCUAUUAUGGGUGCUCAGCAAGUUACCUCCAGCUCGGGGACCACAACCCCUGUUCAAACGCCAGUAACCUCCCCUGUACGGCGUUCUGCAAGAGCACGUGCCAGUGAGCCAGCACCCAGCACACACAAGAGAAAAAAAAUAAAGGAAACUUUUUGCAUAAGCAAGACAGUAAAAUAUGGCUCAUAUGACAAGUCUGGUGGGUUUGGAAUGGAUGGUGAGUGCUUAAUGCAGUACAGUAAAGAUAUCAGAGCUGUGUGCAGUAGUCAGAUAAGUCAUCUCUGUGACCAGACCUGCAGUUGUAGAGAUUCCAACUUUGAUGAUGAAGAGAUGUGA